CUAAAUUUGAAAUCAGCCCAGCCUAUUAUUUUUUUCCCAGCCCCAUAACCGACCCGCCAAUUUCUUCACUAGAUAAGGAAGAGCAGGAGCACGUCAACAAUAGCAGACGACGAACACGGCGUUAUAGACGGAGAAAUGCGUGAACGACACCAGCAUCGCGUACGCGCGUCGUGGCAUUGACGUGAAAGAAACGCGACGGAAAGCAACUGACGGCGUCUCUGUGUAUAUAUAGUACGUUGUGCCUCCUUGUCGUCUUCCUCGUUCCCUUUCCAGUCGUACGCUGCAACAAAAGCAGCAGUCCAUAGAAGACGCAUUUUCGUCCUUGACGAUAGGAGAUCGCGCCACAUCAAGUGGCGAGGACGGUGAAGUUCAUCCUGGGCGUCUAUUUUCCUUUCCCUUUCAGGAAUUGGUUAAAAAUUUCAGGAAAAAGGAGGUUCAUCCGUUUCGGUGUGAGGUUUUGGCUUUUUCAAAUUUUUCAAUGGAUUGGAGGGUUGGUUGGGGAUUUUGCAACAAGUGGACAACACUAAUCUCCCUCCUAUUUAUAUUCUCUUGUGCUCACUUAGAAAGGGGGCUUCUCUUUCGAUUUUUGUUAGAAAAAAGAAAAAAAACACUCACAGUAACUUAAGAAAAAGAGAGAAACAUGGGAUUUUUGUUUUGACACAAACGAAUUAUUUUUUCAAAGGAAAAACCGGAGAGGGAUAUUUUGUUGGUGUUGGGAACUGCCAUUCUCUUCCUGAUUUCCUUAGCCGCUAUUCAUUUGGUUCAAAGUCCGUGUGGUGAAGUGUUUCUCUACUCAUUCCAUUUAAGUUCGUUGCCUACAAGAAGAUAUGGAUCGAUUUCCAAAGUUCGACAUGGUCAUAUCAGCGCCACCUCAACUCACGAUGUGGUAUAAUAAUCUGGACCCGGAUCAUAGAAGAACCCUCAACAAAUACGUGGGUGCUCUGAUGGAAUUAAUCAACAUGAACGGUUGGCCGGAAUUGGUUGAGGUCCUCACAGGAUAUUGGGAUAGCCAACGAAUGGUGUUCUGAUAUGGAACCCCGAAAUUACCCCGACUUUGGAGGAAAUCCGAUACUGCAUAGACACGGUAGGCACUGGGAUAGAAAGGAAAGCAAGGAAACAAGACGACAUCUUUAUCCCUAAUAUGCCUUCGGUAGAAAAUAUUGCUGACUGGUUCGGGUUGGGGAAAGAUUUUGCCUACUGGUGUCAAGAAUCCCGCAUAGCAUUCAGAGAUCUUUAUAUCAGAUUUGGACAUGCGAGUUUCUACUCCACUUACAACCGAGAAUUCAAGCUCUCUUACAGAGAAUGGAACGAGAUUCGUCCUCUAGCAUUUGAUGUAGCAUUGUUGGGAACGAUGGUCUUCUCGCAUGGCACGAGUCUCAGGUACGAGCAUACUUUAUUCAAAUGGUACGAGAACCAAGGGAUAACAAAGAACUACCCUAUAGCUCCGGUCAUCCUGCCCGAUAUGUAUCGAGCCCUGGGAAAAUGCAAGGAGGGGCAUCGGUACUUCCAAGGGUGCAACUUGCUCCUUCAGUGGUUGAUCCUCAGCGAUUUAGCAAAGGGUGCUCGGACUCCAAAGCUACAUACUCUUGACAACAAGAAAACCCUUAAAUAUUUGAAUGACAUGUUGUACUGGGCGAAUAUGAACAAUCGAAUAACAAGGGGGAGAUGGGCUCAGAUUUUCUCUGAAUCGAGAGAAGAAGAUCCCCAAUGGAUGCUUGACCGUUUCAUCUCCAAAGAAGUUGUCGUGGAGAGCUGCAGAAAGAUUGUGCUUCCUCUACCAGGUAUUCGGGAAAUUCACCCUUUAAUGUCUUGCGACAGUUCGAAAGGAGACAAAUUAUACCCAAAGAGGUGUAAUAUGGUGCUUAUGUAUAUGAUACUGGAGACGAUAGAAUGCACGACGAGUCUGAAAUAUUCAGAGAAUGGAAAAGUGUCAAGCGUAUGGAUAAAGACACCAUUUCCCCUGGCCGAUUCAAUGAUGGAUAUGACAAGGGUUACAAAGAAUGGCUGAAGAGGGAUAUACAAAAUGUCUCCUCUCGAACCCCGCGUAGCUUUCGUAGCGUAACAGACAGAGAAACCAAAGCAGUGGCCGAGCUACGGGAGCUAAAGAAAGAAUCCCAAGAGGUGUACGCUAAGUUUGUCGAGAACCAAGAUACUCUUGAGAGGGUGACUCAAGAUGUGGAAAGACAGAGGUGUGGUUAUGAUAAUUUCGAUACCUAGGUCGCGGAGAAAAUCGAUAGGAUGCGAUACGAAAUCUUGGAAUACAAAGGACGCCUGGGUGAAGGAUUCUUGUUGAUGCUAAGAUAUAUGUUUCAGCAGUACACGACUCAGGGGAACGGCGAUGGAGCGGGACCAUCUGGAGCGACAUAGUGGAUUUCGUCCCUGCGCGGGCUUUUUUAUAUGUAUUUGUCAUUUUAGCCCCUAUGCGUGCCUGCCUUUAUUGCACUUCCGUACAUACAAAUUGCCCUUGCAUGGGUCUUUCUUUAAUGUUUUAUGCUUUAUUUUCCCUCUGUGAACAUUAUUAUUCACUUGUGAAAUUAAUUUUGGGGGGGGGGGGAUUGUUUAUUUUAUUCAAAUUCACGCGUACAUCGUUCAAAAGUGCUAGGCCUACCCUUUGCAUAAAAAGGUACCUCUGUAUGUGUUAGGACGCGAUAUAUGUGUAUUUAACUUCUUAUGUGUUAUGUUGCUACGAAUGAGGAUAUCAUCAACCCAAUCCUACCCGGAAAUUUCCAAAUAAUAUACAGAAGUAACUAUUACGAAAUGUCCGACCAAAAUUUCCAAGUCUUAAGUUUCUCACUCAAAAGACACCUCCUAUACCACAAAUCCUAAAACACUAUUCUAGCCUCUCAGGAAAGUCAAAGAAUCACUACUAUGGACAAAUGUAAGAACAUCCAGAUGGAACUCACUGGAGAAGAACUACAAAGAAAGAUUGAAUGAAUCACUCAGGAAAUUCAAGAAGCCAAGGAGGAAGGGCUCAGAGUCGACAUGGCCACCGCAAUUUACAAAGCUGCAACUGUGACCCUGGAUGAGGAUCUGGCAUCACAGAUGAAAAGAAAGAAUGAUGUUGAGAUGGAGGCGAAAGAUUUGCGAAAGAAGUUGGACACUCUUCGGUUGAAAGUGCAGGACAGAGAAGCGAGAGAGGCAAGGAUAGAAGCGGAGACCGCCGCUCUGUUAACUAAAAGCAUGUCACUUGAUGAAGAAUUGACAGUGGAAAUGGAAGAAUUCACCUCUAUGGCAGAUAGGAUGGCCGCACUGAGGAAGCAAAACAAAGCCUUCCAUAGCAACAUGAUUGAUAAACUUCAGAAAAUGCGCGAAAAACACCCCGUCUUCGAGCAAGGGGCUAAUAGCUAUCCCGAUAACGCUCACCCUGAAGCGACUGAGGAAGACAACGACGAGGAAAUCGUCUACAAACCUCCUUUACUAGGACGUACGAGAGGAGGAGACUAAUCCUGCAACAAGAAGGGAAAUGACUAACGUGUCGUCAUCAUUUUAUCUUUAAAAAGCUCUAUUGUUGCCUUACAAUUUCCUUGUAAUCGUAAUGAACGAACGAAUGAGAACGUUAUAUCCUAUACUCGAACUACAUUGGGCCUGAAUUCUCUUUGUGAGAUACGUAGGAAGCCUUCCCAGGACCGGCCCCUAUCUUUAAAAAUUUUCAUUCUCCCCUUCAUUUUACGAGAAGAUACGAAGACCAAAUCAAUGGACGUCAAAAAGCAACUGCAAGAAUAUUGUAGCUCAACGUGAUUUAGCCUUUCUGAGACAGUGUCAAAACUAAAACAAGCAAACUCCUGCUUGUUAAAAAAAUGUGUUUCCUUACUCGUGAGUUGAAGAUAUCCUCAAAUAAAGCAACUUAUGUUUUUAUCUGCUCUCGGUGUGAUGUUAUGCAUUUUGUAUUCUGAAUUUGCACUAACAAAUCCACCUUUCAAUUG